CGAAGAUGAAGAAGAAAUCCGUCUCAACAGACGAAGAAGUAAAGAAGAAGAAGAAACCUGCCACCAAGAUCACCAGCCCCAAGGUGGAGAAGAAGAAGAAGAAGAAGAAGGACAAUGAUAAAAAGAGAAAGAGGCGUGUUGUCAUUGAGUCAGACUCUGAGGAGGAGGUAGUGGAGCAGAAGCAGAAGGCCCAGAAACCAAACCCUCCUCUUCCUCCGGCUCCUCUUCCUCCUGCCAAGAAAGACCCGGUGCAGUACGUCUCUGAGACAGAUUCAGACAGCGAUAACUUCCUGUCUCUGAAGAAGGAAGUGACCAAACCAGGGAAGUCCCAGGCUAAUGGAGUGACCAGACCAGGGAAGGCCCACACUGGGACCAAAGAGAGCCACAGGUCCCCCCCGAAACCCACCCUUGCUCCCGCCACAGGGAAAGGAGGGAUGAAGAAGUCUCCUCCAGCCCCCGUCACCCCUAAAUCAGCGCCCCCGCAGAGCAAACGCACCCCCACCUCUGUCCUGGACUACUUUGGCAGUGGGAGUGUCCAGCGCUCGGACAAGAAACUGGUGGCCAGUACCAAGAGGAAGACUCUCUCUCAGGACCCUGAUGAGUCGCUGACUGAUGAGGUCAUCGCCCAGCAGCUGCAGAUAGAUGAGGACAUGGAGUUGGAGAGGCAGGUCCACGAGGACGAGGAGUUUGCCAAGACGCUGGCCAUGUUGGACCAACAACCACACGCCAAAAAGGCUCGUAAAUACUCUGGUGAGGAUCAGGGGUCUGCCACGUCAGCCAACAAAAGCAGUGCUAACUCCUCCCACAGCAGCACUACCAGCCAAUCACAGUCCAAUGGGCGGGACCACAACCAGGACGUGAUCGGUCCGUCCCCUAAAAAGGUCCCCCCUCUUGUUAAGACAAGUUCCAAACUGUCCAUGAUGAAGAAAAGGGAGGAGGAAGAGGAAGGAGGAGGCAAGACAAAUCUGAGUAUCAAUGCGUCCGUCUCUCCCAAAAAGGAGCGCAUCUCUCCCAAAAAGGAGUUCCUAACCCCUUCGAGCACAGACAGGAAGUCCAAGCUCAAAACAGGAAGUGUAACCAUGGUGACCACACCCACGACUCUUAAAACCUCCCCCAAGAAAGAGAGCACCAGUCCAGAGGAAUCGGAGAAGAAGCGAGGGAAUUCCUCAGCCUUCCGUAGUUUCCUGAACCGAGACGGACCCAGAGCCCUGGGAUCUAAACCCAUACCCACUGGAGCAGAGAACUGCCUGGAGGGGUGUGUGUUUGUGAUCUCUGGUGUGUUGGAGAGUAUGGAACGUGAGGAUGCUAAGUCCCUGAUAGAACGCAACGGAGGGAAGGUGACCGGUAACAUCAGUAAGAGGACCACAUACCUGGUGUUGGGCAGAGAUGGAGGAGCCGCCAAGACUGAGAAGGCGGAGGGGUUUGGAACUAAGAUCCUGGAUGAGGAUGGUCUGUUGGAGCUCAUCAGAAGUACACCAGGGAAGAAGUCCAAGUACCUGAUUGCUGCCGAGGCAGAGAACAAGGGAUUUAAGAGCAGAACCCCGGACACCAAGACCACCUCCCGCACCCCCAAACAGUCCCCCAAAACUCGCUCCAUGACCCCCAGCCCCUCCAAACCCGGCUCAGCGUCGGGGCGAGGAGUCCGGGUAGGGGACAGCGUGACCCUCCCAGGGAGGGGUACAGGUUCAGGGGUCAAAAGAGGGCUGGACUUGGGGGGUAAGAGCCAAUCAUCUUCCUCCUCUGCCACUGUCUUUGCCCUCAUUCGCGGUGAAGAUUUCAGUCUGCUGUGGGUGGAUAAGUACCGCCCCAAUCUGAAGGCUGUGAUUGGUCAGCAGGGAGACCAGAGCCAAGCCAAUAAGUUGCUUCGCUGGCUGAAGAACUGGCACACCCACCAUGCAGUGGGAGGGGCUAAAACAGCAGGGAGAGGGUUUGGUAAGUUCACCAGUACUAAGGAUAAUGGUUCAAGCUUCAAGGCAGCCCUUUUAUCUGGACCUCCUGGCGUGGGCAAGACCACCACAGCUGCCUUGGUCUGUGAGGAGCUGGGCUACAGCUAUGUAGAGAUGAAUGCCAGCUGUACUCGCAGUAAGAACAGUCUGAAACAAGUGAUCGCUGAGUCUCUGAACAACACCAGUAUCAACAACUUCUACACAGGUUCGUCUCAGACAGUCAGUAGUAAACAUGUCCUCAUCAUGGAUGAGAUUGAUGGCAUGGCCGGCAACGAAGACCGCGGAGGAAUACAGGAGAUGAUAGGUCUGAUAAAACAGUCCAGGAUCCCCAUCAUCUGUAUGUGUAACGACCGUAAUCACCAAAAGAUCCGCUCUCUGGCCAACUACUGCUUUGACCUGCGCUUCCAGAGACCACGACUAGAGCAGAUCAAGGGUGCCAUGAUGUCCAUUGCUUUCAAAGAGGGUCUGAAAGUCCCGCCUCCUGCCCUCAACGAGAUGAUCCUGGCAUCCAAUCAGGACAUCCGACAGGUCCUCCACAACCUGAGCAUGUGGUCGGCUAAGGACAAGGUCAUGACCUACGACCGGGUCAAAGAGGACGCCAACAACGCACGCAAGGACAUGAAGUUGGGUCCGUUCGACGUGUGUCGGAAGGUGUUCUCCAAGGGGGAGGAGUCAGGUCACAUGACGUUGAUUGACAAGUCGGACUUGUUCUUCCACGAUUACUCCCUGGCCCCCCUCUUCGUCCAGGAGAACUAUAUACAUGUUAAACCUGCUGCUGCUGGUGGUGAUAUGAAGUCCCACCUGGUCCUCCUCAGUAAGACAGCUGAUUCUAUCUGUGAUGGAGACCUGGUGGACAGACAGAUACGUUCCAAACAGGCCUGGUCUCUACUGCCCACACAGGCCAUAUAUUCCAGUGUGUUACCAGGAGAGUUGAUGAGGGGUUAUAUGACCUCCUUCCCCUCGUUUCCCUCCUGGCUGGGAAAGUUCUCCUCUGGCAAUAAACACUCCAGGAUCAUUCAGGAGCUGGCCUCUCACAUGAGCCUCAGGACAUUAAGUAGCAGACAGGCAGUGAGCCUUGGACUACUCCUCUACCUCCGCAUGGCCCUGUUGUGUCCUCUUCAGAGGCAGGGGGCGGAGGGGGCCGACAGGGCCGUCCAGCCGUUAGACGACUACCACCUGGUCAGAGAGGAUGUGGACAGCCUUCAUGGAGAUCUGCCUCUGGGGGCAGCCUGA